GAUGCAUGUGUGCGGCCGCGUUCUAAAAAUUAUUAUAAGCAAAAUCCGGAGGAAGGUAUGUAUCUUGUUUAUGUCUCUGCAACAGGCAAGCCAAUGAGAAUGCCGCCGGAGAUAGAGGGAGUUGUCGCUAAAUACCUUGAUCUAUUUGAAGAGCCCAAAGGGGUUGUUGAGAGGGAGGUCGACCACGCGAUAAAGAUUAUCCCAGGAUCUAGCAUUCCGAAGGGUAGGAUCUAUCGGAUGUCUCCAGGCGAGCUUGAUGAGCUUCGCCGACAGCUCAAGGAACUUGUAGAGAAGGGUUGGAUCCGGCCGAGUGUCUCCCCUUACGGAUCUCCUGUCUUAUUUGUACCGAAGAAGGGGGGAACUUUGAGGAUGUGCAUUGACUAUAGGGGCCUCAAUGCCAUCACUAUCAAGAACCGAGAGCCCAACCGCUCAUCGAUGACUUGUUGGACCGAGUGCAAGGGUGCUGAGGGAUUGAAGCCCGAUGAUGCGAAGGUGGCCAACAUUCGUGACUGGCCGCGGCCUCAUUCUGUGAUUGAGACAAGGUCGUUCUUGGGGAUGACCGACUACUACCGCAACUUCGUCAAGAACUGUAGUAUAGCGGUUGCUCCUUUGACGGACCUGACCCGCCUUGACACCCCAUGGGAGUGGACAGACAGGUGUGCGGCUGCUUUCAGACACUUGAAGCAUGCUCUGACACACUAUGAGGUCUUGAAACUUCCUGAUCCUGACAAGCCGUUUAUAAUCACCAUGGAUGCUAGCCAAUAUGGCAUAGGCGCCGUGCUCGUGCAGCAGGAGGGGACAAAGUUGAGGCUUGUUGAGUACAUGUCCAAAAAGAUGCCUUCUCAGAAGUUGGCUAAGUCCACCUAUGAGAAGGAGCUCUAUGCGAUCUAUAAAGCGCUAACCCAUUGGAGGCGUUACCUGCUUGGGCGGUUUUUCUACUUCAGGACUGAUCAUCAGACCCUGAAGUGGAUGAGAACCCAACCUGUGCUCUCCGAUGCGCUGAAACGUUGGAUCGAAGUCAUUGAGCAGUAUGACUUCGAGCCCCAGUACCUCAAAGGUGAGUACAACAAAGUUGCUGAUGCGCUGUCACGUAGCCCAGAUUUCUGCGAUGCGCUGGUUACUGAGUUUGGGCUUGCGGACGAUGUUACUCGCACUUUGGUGGAAGCCUAUCGCGAGGACCCGUUUAUGGCUAAGAUCAUACGCAGACUCGAGACGAAGGACAAAACAACUUUUGUUGAGUUUGAGCUGGUCAACGGUCUACUGUUCCUUGAGAAGGCUGGGAAUAAACGUCUGUGUGACAAGAAGACUGCAGCCAAUUUGCUGCAGCAGUUCUGGUGGCCCACGAUGAUGAGAGAUGCCAAGCUGUACGUGGAGACUUGUCAAGUAUGUCGGAGGGACAAGCCACGUACACAGGCCCCUCUUGGGCUACUCAAGCCCCUUCCGAUUCCGGAAAGGCCCGGUGAGAGCCUGUCCAUGGACUUCAUGGACACGCUGGUCACCAGCAAGAGUGGAAUGAGACACAUCUUUGUCAUUGUGGAUAGGUUUGGUAAAUAUGCUAGAUUAGUGGCAAUGCCUAAAACAGCGAAAACGGAGUAUGUGAUUAGACUCUUCAAGGAGAAUGGGGUCAGGGACUUUGGGCUCCUAAGUCUAUUGUUAGCAACAGGGAUGUCAGAUUCACAAUUACGUAGUGGGAAGAGUACUAGCCCAUACACCCCUGAGCAGCAAGAGAAGAUGGUCACCUUAGUUAAAGAGAACAGGGAGAGAAAAGAGCGCGAGAAGCAAGCGAAGCUAAAGGCUAUCGCAGACAAGCAGCCGGCGAAGAUGAAGGAAUUGGAGGAGGAGAUGGAGAAAAAGAAGAAGGUUGUUGAAGAAGAAGCGACAGCAGAAGAAGAAAAAGAGCGGAUGAGAAUUGAGAGUGGAGAAGGGAGCAGUGGUGGCACGAUGAAGAGGGAUAUAGAUGAUGAGAUUGAGAAGAAGAUAAGCGAGUGGGUCGCUAAUUUUUCGUUGGGAGAAGAGGAGGAGGCGGAGUCUUACGUGACUGAAGAUGAAGAGGCUGCGCUAGCCAGUGAGCUAGCAGCAAUGACAGAUCCAAUGGAACGGCGAGAAAGGGAGGAGGAGCAGAAAUUGGCAUGGAACCUAAGGAUGAAGAGGGAGAAGAAGAGGAGGAGAGAGGAAGUGAACAAAAUGACCGCAGAGGUAGCAAAGGUGCAGGAGGUAUUGGGCCAGCCGGAUGAUAAGGCCAAGUGGGAUAAGGUCUUGGAGAAGCUGAGGGAGGCUGACUUCAAGAUCAAUCCUAAGAAGUGGGAGUGGGCCAAGACACAAGUCUUGUACUUGGGCCACGUACUAGACGGAGAUGGCAUCAAGCCAGAGGACAGCAAGAUCGCGGCGAUUAGAGACUGGCCGACGCCCCACACAUUGAUAGAGUUGUGGUCGUUGCUAGACCUAGCUAAUUAUUAUAGAAAGUUCGUCAGGAACUUCUCCACUAUCGUUGCUUCCCUGCGCCGGUUGCUUAAGAAAGAGGCAAUCUGGCAAUGGGAUAAAGAUUGUACAUCUGCGCUCAAAAAGUUAAAGCGCGCGUUAAUAAAGUACCCUGUCCUCAAAGUAGCUGAUCCGUCUUUGCCUUUUGUCAUCACCACGGACGCAAGCCGGUAUGGGAUAGGCGCCGUGUUGCAGCAAGACGACGACAAUGGCUAUAGACCCGUAGAGUUCAUGUCCGCGAGGAUGCCCUCAGAGAAGGUAGCCACCUCGACGUACGAGAGAGAACUCUACGCUCUCAGGCAGGCUUUAGAGCACUGGAAGCAUUACCUGCUUGGGAGGCACUUUAAAGUGUAUUCUGACCACGAAACGCUUAGAUGGUUAAAGACCCAGGCCAAGAUGACACCGAAGUUGACUAGGUGGGCCGCAGAGAUAGACCAAUAUGACUUUGAGCUUAAGCCAGUGAAGGGCAAGUACAACGUAGUUGCGGACGCUCUGAGUAGGAGAUCAGACUACUUUGGAGCCAUAGUACACUAUCUGGAUAUAGGGAGAGACCUGCAGGAGAAAGUGAAGCAAGCAUAUGCGCAGGACCCUAUCUAGAGCGACCUCCUAAAGAGAGUUAGAGAGGCCCUCAGAGACUGAGCCAGAUUACCGCACUACAGAUGGG